AUGGUCGCAACUAAUGAAUCUUGGUUCAAGAGUAACGGUUGGACCGUCUCGAAAAUAUUCUUCCAUCUGUUCUUCUGGGGCCUCCACAUCGGUCUCUUCGCUGUAGGAUGGUACCUGCAGGCCUCAAAUCCAAAACUGGAGCCACUGAAUGUUCUCCGAUAUUCCGUCUGGAUCUCGCGAGGUGCAGGCUUGGUGCUGUCGGUUGACUGCACCUUGAUCUUGUUCCCGAUGUGUCGAAACAUUCUUCGAUGGCUUAGACCGCAGAUUAGGUGGUUACCACUAGAUGAGUCGGCUUGGUUUCAUCGCCAAAUAGCCUAUGCUAUACUGGUUUUCACGGCUAUUCACACGGCUUCGCACUAUGUCAACUUCUACACCAUCGAAAAACAGCAAAUUCGUCCGGAGCUUGCCGUUGAGAUCCAUUUCACCCAGGCUGGUGGCAUCACAGGCCAUGUUAUGCUCCUCUGCAUGAUGUUAAUGUACACCACCGCUCAUCACCGCAUCCGCCAGCAGGCAUAUGAGACCUUCUGGUAUGCGCAUCACCUUUUCAUACCAUUUAUGUUGGCCCUCUAUACUCAUGCCACGGGUUGCUUUGUCCGAGACACCACCGACCCAAUAUCCCCACUGGCAGGAAAACAGUACUGGGAUCAUUGCCUUGGGUACGAAGGAUGGAGGUGGGAGUUGGUAAUCGGAGCCUUGUACCUCUUUGAGCGACUCUAUAGGGAGAUUCGGGCUCGACGGGACACAGUAAUUACCAAGGUGAUUCGUCAUCCUUAUGCCGCUAUGGAAAUCCAGUUCAACAAGCCAAGCAUGAAAUACAAAGCCGGACAGUGGCUGUUUCUUCAAGUCCCUGAUGUUUCCAGCACCCAAUGGCAUCCGUUUACCAUCACAUCCUGUCCCUUCGAUUCCUACCUUAGUGUGCACGUCCGGCAAGUUGGCGACUUUACCCGCGCCCUCGGAGACGCUCUCGGUUGUGGUCCCGCCCAGGCAAAAGACCUUGAAGGUCUCGAUCCGAACGGCAUGUACGAAGUCGCUCUACAGAACGGUCAGACCAUGCCAUCAAUUCGCGUGGAUGGGCCCUAUGGUGCGCCUGCCGAAGACGUCUUCGAAAAUGAAAUCGCAGUGCUCAUCGGUACUGGUAUAGGUGUCACGCCAUGGGCAUCUAUCCUCAAAAACAUCUGGCAUCUUCGCUCAAGUCCAAACCCCCCGCGUCGUCUGCGUCGUGUUGAGUUUAUUUGGGUCUGUAAAGAUACAUCAUCCUUCGAAUGGUUCCAGGCUCUCUUAUCCUCACUCGAAGCGCAAUCUGCGAGCGCCGCCGUCAACGAGGGAAGCACAGAAUUCUUACGUAUCCACACAUAUCUGACCCAGCGUCUGGAUGCAGACACUGCUGCAAAUAUUUAUCUCAAUUCUGUCGGCCAAGCUCUCGAUCCACUUACCGAGUUAAGGAGUCGGACGAACUUUGGUCGUCCGGAUUUCAGUCGUCUUUUCACGGCGAUGCGUCUUGGGCUGUUGGACCAGUCCUACAUGACUGGCUUGCAGAGUGCUGCUACCACCGAGAUCGGGGUGUACUUCUGUGGUCCCAAUACUGCUGCAAUGCAGAUCAGUGAUGCAGCCAAGGCUGCCUCGACGAAGGAUAUUCGGUUCAAAUUCUGGAAAGAGCACUUCUAG